GUGUCGGCAGCGGGCGUGUUUGAGGCGUGAUGUAGCGACGGUCUUAAGAGAUGACUCACAAAUUACUAGUGAUUAUUAGCCUUCUUAAACAAGCAUUAUCUAGGCUCCAUACACCAAUAGAGUCUAAGUGAGCUAAGUAUAACGAAUAAAACACAUGUUAAGUGGUUAAAUAAUAUAAGAGAGGGCAGCGAACGGGAUGGAGUGCCUCAGGAAGGGUGGAGGCCACCUCGCCCCGCCAGUUAGUUCUAACCUGCAGGAGUGAAGGGAUCAGUCGCCGUCUCUCGCUGCCACCGCUUGUGAAGUGUGCCUGUGGGUAUGGCUGCCGUGACGUGACAGUACUGCACACGCGCCGGUCUGAAUUCCUGUGCACUCUAUAAAAGGGACAAAAAUUAUCCUAAUCGUGUGUAUUUUUAUUCGUGACAAACGUGUGACACCUGUGGAUGAGGAAACGGGACUUAUAGAAAUUUUGUUCAGCCGACAGAAAACACGACGAUUUUAAGAACCGCUCGGGAGGCAGAAGCAGUAGCAGGUGCAGCGACCAGCGUGGUUGUGGAACAAAGGUGCUACGCUGCUGAGCAGCUCUUGAGGCAGUGAACUGGUAGUGGAACCCGAGUGUCGGGAGCAACGUGUCGCAGGCUGGGAUGAGGCACGCAAGACUGGUGGUCGGUGGUGACUGAUGACAACGCGCAAAUCGCCGAGGACAACCGUUCAUGUGUUUCGGGACCAGACAUCCCCGCGGGGGCAGCGGGAGACAUGAGUGAAACAUCGGCCCCCCGUCACUCAGCGGCAGCCAUGCAGACCAGGCAGCAGCUCUUCCGCACCAUUUCAGUGGAUGAAUCCAAUCCAGGGACGCCCAGGCUCCGGGGCCCCAAGCCUGACAGCAAGUUCCUCGCCGUCGUGAACGCUCUAAAGGCUCGCGAUGUGGCGGAGGUGCGCCAGCUGCUGCGGCGCGGCCAUCCUGUCAACCAAAGCGAGCCCGCGAUGGGCAACAAGACGCUGCUCAUAUCGGCCGCGGAGUAUGGCUUCGUGGAUGGCGUGGUGGAGCUGCUCAAUGCCGGAGCCAAUGCCAACACGGCAGAUGCCGCUGGGGCCACGCCGCUGCACAUGGCGGCCGGCGGCGGCCACCUUCCCACGCUACGAGUCCUUAUAAGCCACGGCGCCCACGUCAACACUCUGGACACCCACUGCAGCACGCCACUACACUAUGCCGCCAGAGCCGACAGCCAAGAGCCCAACAGCAGCUGUCUGGUGGAGGCGCUGCUGGCGGCUGGAGCGCGGUGCGGUCUGCGUGACAGAGAGGGUCAGCUACCGCUGCACAAGGCCGCCGCGGCGGGCAGCGCCAGCGUGGUGAGGGUGUUGGCCCGGGAACCAUAUAAGGCUACGGUCAAUCUAAAAGACAAUGAGGGGCGCACACCGCUGCACUGCGCUGUGCAGGGCGGUCGCUCCUUGGAGGUGGUGGAGACACUGCUGCAUCUGGAGAGUAUCAUUAACGCCAAGGACAAGCAGGGACACACGCCCCUCCAUCUGGCGGCGAAGAGACAAGUCAAUUACGUGGACGAAGACUUUGACGGGGCGUGUCUGGAGCUGCUGUUGGCCCACGGGGCGUCGGUGGCCACCACCAACAACGAGGGGCUCAAUGCACUCUCGCUGGCUCUGCGCCGUACCAUGUGGUGGGGACGCCCCGCCUCUAGGGACCACAUCCUGGACGCCGUGCGGCAGCUGGUCUUCAAAGGCAGCUGUGUGCAGGACGGGUUUGCCAUGUGGCGGAUGGUGGAGAGCUUCCCCUCUCUGGUGCCCAUCGCCCUCAACAGAUCCUUCUCCGCCAACACGUCGGCUAGGGACUCGCCUCACCUUCGUCUUGACUUUGAUUUCAACCCGCUACUGGUGAGCGCCCAGCUGCUGCGCCAGACUCAGCGCCAGUCGCCGUUGCUGCCCCAGACUGACCUACCCAAGGCACUUUUACAAGAGAACGAAGUGUCAAUGCUCCACUACAUCAUGAAGGCGGGCCGCAAACGGCUUCUCCUCCACCCCCCUCUGCCAUUCCUUCCUGCACCUGAAAUGGUCGGGGCGGUGUCGGUGGUGCUGGCGUGGGUCCGCUUCAUGCUCUUCACGGGCCAGUUCCCGAGCUGUGGCGUCUACAUCGUCAUGUUCUCCACAGUCGCUCGAAACGUCUUCAAAUUCUUGGCAAUGUACGUGUUCAUCCUGCUGGCCUGCGCCCUCGGCUUCCACGUGCUGCUGCGGCCCUUCAAGACCUUCGAGAACCCUUAUAUCUCCUUCGUCACCUCCUUGGUGAUGAUGACGGGGGAGCUGGACUACACGGACACCUUCCUGGACAGGACGUACAAGGUGCUGUCCAUCGCCAUGCUGGUGGGUUUCAUGCUCUUCGUGUACAUCAUCCUGUCUAACCUGCUGGUGGGCCUCGCCGUCAGCGACAUGUACGCCAUCCAACAGAGGUCUGAGUUGCUGCGGCUGACGCGCCAUGUGGAGCUGAUGGUGCAGGUGGAGAAUUUAUUCCGGAGCCGCCUGGUGCCAAACGCUCUCCAGAGGCUUCUGCUGCGGAGCAUCACUGUAAUCGACGCAGAGCAGCGUCCUACAGUCUCCGUCUACCCAAACUCAAGUCGUGGCUUGGUGGACAGCCUCUUCCUCUUCCUCUCCCGAACAUUGGGCGGACGCCGCCUGCUCAUCAAGAUCUUUGAAAUGUUUAUUUCCGGCUUCAUCGAACCGGAGUUGGAGCCGUCGCUGCCUCCUCAGCUCAUCACCUCAGUGCUCGACGUGGCUCUGCGGGAACACGAACUGGAUAAGAGGGAGCGUUUGUUGCAUCUGAGGAGCCUCCAGCUGUGCGUGGCUAACCAGCGUCCAGGGCCGUCUCCUUCAGCUCCUUCCAGCCACGUCGUUGCGGCUCGCGCCUCCUCAGUGAGACCCGCGGCGCUGGCUGGGCGUGCCUCGUGGCGGUGGACCUUAAUGAGUGAGACUGACGGCGACGACGACCCUCCUGACUUCUUGCACCCUGUCAGCGCCACGCAGCCCCCUUGCAACCCGCUCUGGCCCACCCCGUCACGAGCAAUGCUGCCAGACCCUAACGUGCGCCUGGAGGAAAUUAAGAUUCUGCUAAUGCAGAUGCAGACGAGGAUGGACGAACUAAGUCGUCAGGUGCAGGAACAGGCUACACAUUCCUCCCACCGAAACCUUGACAUCCCUACUGCCGCGCAGUCCCUUGAGACAGUGAACGAGGUCAUUGUGUAACUUGUUUUCGCCGCGUCGUCGCCAUUGUGGCUCGUGGCAUCUUCACAUCGUUCCGAAACGGCUCUGCGCUGAACUGGAAUGUCGGUUAAAGGUUGAGACGUACGAUUCGCCCCAUGCGGGUCACCGUGACGAGGAGUGCCGAGGUAGCUUUGCACAUCAAUCACGGAAUGUUGACUCUUCCCACCUUGCGUCCCGUACACCCUCUUCACCUUCCUCUCACACACAGCACAGACCCACAUGACCACACCUUACGUUCUCUAGGUCACCGUGCCAACCACUGUUAACGUUCAACAAAGUGGCCGAGGGAGAGAGUGCCAAGAUUUCCAUGUCGUAAGUCGUCACGGCAAGAGACUACUUCGAGGAGUCGCCGCGAGUGUUGGUGUGCGGGAGUGAGGUGAAGGGGGUGGGGUGGCUGGGGCGUGUUGGGUCUUCCUGCAUGGGCGGCGGCGGGUUGUGGUGCUAGUAGACUGAUGAUCUUUCCCAUCUAGACUUGGGUGGCGGAGGAAAACCAGUGAUAUGUAUAUAUAUAUAUAUGUACGUGUGUGUGUGUGUGUGUGUGUGUGUGUGUGUGUGUGUGUGUGUGUGUGUGUGCGUGUGUGUGUGUGUGUGUGUGUGUGUGUGUGUGUGUGUGUAUGUGUGUGUGUGUGUAUAUACAAGGUGUGUGUAUAUAACGUUUCCAUCACUCCGGGUCGUCAGCUGUUUCCGUCGCACCAGGGAAACUUUAGGUAUUGUUAUUGUAAUAUAUAUUUUUUUACCAGUUAGUGUGUGAAAAAUAAAAACAGCUAUUACUA